AUGAAUGGAGUAAUGAGAAAUGAAAAUGAAGAGACAGCAAGUGGAAGGAAUGUACAAUAUCGGGAAGAUACACAUACAACAGAGCAAUCUGAGGAUAGAGCAGAAGAAUGUAUUCGAGUUGAAGGAUAUGGAGAGCUAAGUAAGGACGAGAAAGAGAUUGUUGAUAGGAUAAUCGAGAUAAUGAAAGGUGAAGAAGAUUAUAAAGUAUUCACAUUUAAGAAGGUGGACAGAUGGAAAAUAAAUGAAAUUACAGCAAAAGUGAAUAAGCUAGUAGUACGAAUACAAACAGAUAAUAUAACUGACACAAACAAAUUAUUGAAAGCAGUACGGAGUGUAGCGGCAGAGAAAAUUGGACUGAAGGAAGUGAUUGAACAAAGCAAACAAAAGGAGCCAUGGUGGAAAAGAAGACUAGAUAUGGAUAUAAAACGGCUUAGGAAAGAUAUUAACAUACUAGAAAGGAAGAAAAGGGGAGAAAUCAGAAAGGAAGGUGAAUAUAAAAGACUCGAGGAAAAAUAUAAAAUAAGAACAAAGGGGUUACCAACAGUGACUGAGGAGCUUGAGCAGAGGGUACUAGCGAAAAUAGCGAAGGUAAAGAGGUAUGAACAGAGGGUGAAACAAUAUAGGCAGAAUAGAAUGUUUCAGAGUGACCAAAAAAGGUUUUAUGUGGAAAUCAACAAUGGUCAGGAACGUAAAGUUGAUAAAGUGAUACCUGACGCGGAUGAAAGUAUAAAGUUCUGGAGCGAAAUAUGGGACAAUGGAAUUGAACAUAAUAAGGAUUCUGAAUGGCUACAUGAAAUGAAACAGGGAAUCGGAUAUUUGAACCAAAACGAUUUGAAGAUAAAUAAGGAAGACAUUAUAAAGCAGUGUAAAAAGAUCCCCAAUUGGAAAGUGCCAGGAUUAGAUGGAAUACAGGGUUAUUGGAUAAAGAAAAUUAUUUCUUGUCAUCAAAGGAUUGCAGAACAGUUAGAUAAGAUUUUAAAUGGUAAGGCUGAACUACCUCAAUGGAUCACAUAUG